ACCCUUUCCCACCGCCUAACAAUGGCCCCCAUGACCCGUCUCCGCGCCUCCAACACCCACGCCCCGCUCCUCCCCCUCGUCAAAGACUACUACCGCCAACGCGCCUCCGUCCCAGGCUCCCUCCUAAUCACCGAAGCAACCGUGAUCUCCCCGCGCCACAGCGGCUACACCAACGUCCCCGGGAUCUACAGCGAGGAGCAGAUCUCCGCAUGGAAAGAAGUCACUAAUGCAGUGCACGAGAAGGGCUCGCAUAUCUACAUGCAGCUCUGGGCGCUGGGACGUACUGCGAACCCGGGAUUUAUGAAGGAGAAGGGAUUGGACCUUGUGUCUAGCGGCGAUGUACCCAUGAAGAGCAUGUUCAGCGGAGAAAUGCACCACCCCAGACCGUUAAAAGAGCAAGAAAUUCUCGCCGCAGUGGGCGAUUACGCAGCCGCAGCAGAAAACGCAGUAAAAGCAGGCUUCGACGGCGUUGAGAUCCACGGAGCAAACGGCUACCUCGUCGACCAAUUCAUCCAAGACACAGCCAACAAUCGCACCGAUAACUGGGGCAGUACUAUUCCCAACCGCUCCCGCUUCGCACUAGACGUUACCCGCGCCGUCACAAAGGCCGUGGGCAACGACAAAACCGCCAUCCGACUAAGUCCCUGGAGCAGAUUCCAGGAUAUGCGCAUGGAAGACCCGAUUCCGCAGUUCUCGCAUCUCAUCGAGAACCUGUCAGACCUUAAACUCGCGUACUUGCAUCUCUGCGAGUCGGAGGCUAAGACCGCUGGUGAAUCCCUCCGUCCGUUGAUUGAUAGCUACAACAAGGCUGGUCCGGUUAUGGUUGCUGCUAACUAUACGGGUGAGACCGCGGUGAAGGCUGUUGAGGAGGAGUACAAGGAUAAUGAUGUUAUGGUUGCUUUUGGGAGACCGUAUAUUGCGAAUCCGGAUCUGUCGUUUAGGGUUCGGGAGGGGCUGCCAUUGGCGGAGGUUAGACAGGAGGGUGUUUAUGCGCAGGGUGAGGAAGGGUAUACGGAUUAUGGGUUUAGUGAGGGGUUUAAGGCAGCUUAUGAGUAACCAUUUGGUGGUUGAUGAUUGCAUGUACAUAUAGAUACUAGACUUGUAUAGCUAACCAACCUAAUGCAUCAUCCUAGAGGAAAG